AUGCUGCCCGCUGCUGCUCGGCGGCCAUGGCCGGCACCCAGACCCAGGCCCGUGGGGUUUCGUCCCGGGGGUGUAUGCUUUUGUUUUUCUGUACCUCUUGAUUUUUCUGUAAAUUCUGUAAUCUCGCAAGCGUUGGGAUCGACGAGACGCUGCGGUCGCGCAGAGAUUCCCCGAGUUGCCCCGGGUGGGUUCCAGGACUCUCGAGUCUCCCAAGACCGCUCCAGGCCCUGUUCACUUUGUCAGUUGUCAUAUUUCUUGCAGAUACUGCAGGUCUUCUUUUCUUUCUUGUCUCUCUUGUUCCAAUUUGGAUGCUAUUCCUGCCCGAUCAAUCUCCCCCUUUGCGUUGCCCUGCAGCACACGCCACACCCCUCAAGACCCAAAGAGAGGUCCCAAGGCAUGCAGUAUUUCGACCCUGAUGGGUGUUUGGCAUAUGGCGGUGACGAUGAUGUAACUUGUAGGUGGAAGAAAGGGCCUGGGCUUUGGGAGGGGCGGGGGGCCCGCAAGCCGCAGCCGCCGUUGGGAGAAGAAAUCAUGAAUAGCAUGAAAAAAACAGGCGUAUGCAGCCACAAGAGCAAGCUCUGA